AUGGCUCGCGAUGAUUCCGUAUCACCAUUGUCCCGCUCGCCACAGAAAUCGCCGACAAACGAUACUCCCUCUAAGCCACCCGUGGUUGGAGGGGGGCUUGCCGCCAUGGCUCCUGGGCGGACUCUGGAUGGAGUGGCAUCCGACGACAAUGUAGACAACCAACAAAAUGAACCGCCCGCUGCGCCAUCCACUCGGCCCUCGAGUCUAUCUGUUGGCCUGGCCCCUCCAAAAGCCACCGAAUCAAACACUGCCGAAUUCUUUGCAGCGCCUGGCGGUCGAGGCUCUCCAGACACUCCUAGCACGCCCAGCGCCCGCGUACAAUUUGCUCGCUUCGAUCCUCCAGACUUCCAACCAUCGCACUCGCGACACAAUUCUAUCGAAAAUCCCGACAGUCUCAAAUCCAGGGGCGCAUCCCUCAUGUCGAAGCUCAAGUCACUCACUCCCGGCGCGCUUCAGUCUCCAAAAGCACCUUCGCUCGACCUAGAAAAUAUGCAGGCCGGUGCAGCCUCUCCCACGGCCACUCGUUCUCCUGGCAGAUGGCCCGAUACUUUGCUCGAGGAAGAGGGAGAGACUGACGCGGAUAUGGAUGGCGAGGCCGAUGCCGACGUGGAAGAGGAAGCAGACGAAGCACAGCCUGCCGGGCCUCCCAAAAAGAAGAAGAAGCGCAGGAUGCGCCGAUUCGUCAUGGGUGAGGGAUCGGUCCCAGGCUCGCCUUUUCGCUUUCCCAACGACGGUGAUGCGUUUGGUCACAGAUUCUUGAGACGCCGCGCGAGCAUGCCAGACACGACCAUACACAACCAUAUCCUCUCCGAAGGCGAAACUCCUCAGCCGCCCAAGCGACGUCCAUUCAGGCGUGGUCAUUCUUGGAUGCAUCCCGGUACCGCGCAAGCUGAGACUGACAUUGAAGCGCUCGAGAGCUCGGCCGUUGUCGGCCGUCGUCAUGGUCACACUCGCCGCAGCACUGUUUUCGGAGGUGGCGGAGUUUCUGACGGCGAUGCCAUCAUUCAACGGAGGCCAUUCUUCACCUCGGAACGUGCAUCAAAUUUUGGCGCCCAAAAAUGGAGACAAGUCAAAAGUACUUUGAGAUCCUUGCGUCAGAAAAAAGAUGAUCGCAUAGAUUACUACAAAUCCACCGAGCUAAUGGCCGAGCUGAGAGCUGGUGCUCCCGCUGUGCUCAUGUUUGCCAGUAUGAUCCAGCGAGACGAACAUGGAAAUAAGAGGAUCCCCGUUCUGCUGGAGCAGCUAAAGCUGAAAAUUACCGACAGCGCCCCAGACGAAGGCGACGACAGUGGUCGCCAUUGGGACUUUACCAUCCAGCUAGAGUACGGCAGCGGCUCCAGUAGAAUGGUCUGGACCAUUGUUCGCAGUGUCAGGGACAUUUACAAUCUCCAUUUCCGCUACAAGUUCAAGUUGAACAACGACAUGUACUUGCCGGGUCAGAUGCACCUGGCUGCGCGCCCCAAACAGCCCCAUUUUCCUUAUUCCGCGUUUCCCUAUUUGCGCGGUAGUAGACGGGAUAGCAGUGAUCCGGGCGAGGACGCAGCCAGCGACGGAGAACAUCAUGCGGGACAAGGCGGCGAGAUUACCGCUGGCGACGCUGCCGAAGCUACCGCUAGUGACGGCGGCGGCAACCGACAUCCUCGCCGCAAAAGAUCUCGCGUCAACAUGCUUGGCAUGAGACGCCGCUCGACUGGGUUUACCGACAAUGGCGAGGGUCCAAGCGAUGGCGGCCCUGAAGCCCGUCGUCAGCGCUUCUUUGAGAAGCAGCGACGAAUCUUGGAAAAGUAUCUCUCUGAGCUGGUCCGCUGGCUCAUGUUCAGAGCCGAUAGUAACCGUCUCUGUAAAUUUCUUGAGCUCUCUGCCCUCGGUGUGCGUCUUGCCGCAGAGGGGAGCUAUCACGGCAAGGAAGGCUUUCUGCACAUUCAGUCUGCUAAGGGACUCGACUUUCGGCGUGUGCUGACGCCUGCCAAAGUGAUUGCCCGCCACAGCCGCAAGUGGUUUCUCGUCAGGUCAAGUUAUAUUGUCUGCGUCGAUUCGCCCGAGAACAUGAAUAUUUAUGACGUCUAUCUCGUUGAUUCCAGCUUUAGCAUCGCCUCAAAGAGGAGCGCGAUCAAGCAGAUCGCCUUCAAGAAGAAGAAAAACGAUGACCCAACAGCGGAGCCUUCUCCAUCAAAGCAUACUCUGACUUUACGAACCUCGGAGCGCAAAGUCCGCCUAUUCACUCGCUUUCACUCCAUCAACAAGCAGUUUCACGAGUCCAUUACUGAGAUGCUAUCACGAACCCCUUGGUCCAAGAAGAAGCGCUUCGAUAGCUUCGCCCCAGUCCGACAAGGCGUAUUCGCGCAGUGGCUGGUUGACGGGCGCGACUACAUGUGGAAUGUCUCUCGCGCAAUUAACAUGGCCAGGGAUGUCAUCUACAUCCAUGAUUGGUGGCUGAGUCCUGAACUGUACAUGAGGCGACCGGCUGCAAUUAGUCAAAAGUGGCGUCUUGAUCGCCUCUUGCAGAGGAAGGCUCGUGAAGGAGUCAAGAUUUUCAUCAUCAUCUAUCGAAACGUGGAAGCGGCCAUCCCCAUCGAUUCCGAGUAUACAAAGUUUUCCCUGCUGAAUUUGCACCCCAACAUUUUUGUUCAGCGAUCGCCCAACCAGUUUAAGAAGAAUCAGUUCUUCUUUGCUCAUCACGAGAAAAUUUGCAUUGUUGACCACGACGUUGCCUUUACUGGCGGCGUGGAUCUUUGUUUUGGUAGAUGGGAUUGCCCACAGCAUCCCAUCGUUGACGACAAGGCGACUGGUUUCGAGUCGUCCGACGUGCCAAGGGAUGCAGAGCACUGCCAGCUCUUCCCCGGCAAGGAUUACUCAAACCCACGCGUACAAGACUUUUUCCGUCUGGCCGAACCUUACGAGGAAAUGUACGACCGUUCCAAGGUCCCACGCAUGCCAUGGCACGACAUUGGCAUGCAGGUCGUCGGUCAGCCAGCUCGCGAUCUGACUCGCCAUUUCAUCCAACGAUGGAACUAUCUUCGCCGUGGUCGCAAGUCUACCAGACCCCUGCCGUUCCUACUGCCGCCCCCGGAGGCUAAUUUUGAGGAGCUCGAGGCGCUGGGUUUGACUGGUACCUGCGAGGUUCAAGUUUUGAGAUCUGCCAGCACAUGGUCGCUUGGACUGGAAGAAACAGAACACAGCAUCCAGACUGCCUACAUCAAGAUGAUUGAGGAUUCAGAGCAUCUUGUCUACAUUGAGAAUCAGUUCUUCAUCUCUAGCACCGAAGUGUAUAACACACGUAUCGUCAACCGCAUCGGUGAUGCGCUAGUGCACAGAAUCGUUCGAGCACAUGAAAAUGGAGAGAGCUGGCGCUGCAUCAUCCUUAUUCCGCUUAUGCCAGGCUUCCAAAAUACUGUUGAUGAGCAAGAAGGCACCAGUGUGCGCUUGAUCAUCAUGUGCCAGCUGCAGAGUAUUUGCCGAGGCGAGAACUCCAUCUUCGGUCGUUUACGCGCCGCAGGAAUCGACCCGCAGGAUUACAUUGACUUCUUUUCUCUUCGCCAGUGGGGUAUUAUGAGUACCGACGCUCUGGUGACGGAGCAGUUGUACAUUCAUGCCAAGACAAUCAUCGUGGAUGACCGUGUGGCUCUCAUUGGCUCCGCAAACAUCAAUGAACGCUCCAUGGUUGGUCAUCGUGAUUCGGAAGUCGCGGUAAUUGUCCGCGAUACCGACAUGAUUUCGUCCACCAUGGGUGGCAAGCCAUACCAAGUUGGCAAAUUUGCGCAUACUUUGCGCAUGAGAUUGAUGCGGGAGCACCUCGGUCUCGACGUCGAUGCUAUUCAGGAAGAAGAACGCGAAGAUGACCCGGAUCUCGAGGGGUAUGAGGAACAGAUGGAUAAUAUCUAUGAGGAGAAGGCGGGUUCCUCGAUGGGCCCCCAAAACGGCGAAUCUAGUAAACCAGCACGUGCGGGAAUGCAUCGCCUUCGAAGCUUCAACAGUGACAUUGACAUCGACAUGGCCAAGGCCGUGGACCCCGACGCAUCGCCAUCGGAUGACGAAAGCAACCGCAAAGACAAGGGUAAAAAGAGAGAAAGCAACGCCGAAUUUCAAGCUGAGCGCCACAUCCAGGACGUUGCCGGCUACGGCCCUGACCAAUGGAAGGCUGCCGAGCUAUCCGGCGUUGACGGAGGCAGAGACUCUGUCAUUAUAGACGGUCGCGAAUUCUUGGUCAGCAGUGUAGAUUCCAUGGGUAAGAGCACGCUAGAAGAGCCUCAGUAUAAGGAUGUGCAGGAGUCCGAGAGCAGAUUGCAAGAGUCUGAAAUUGAGAACAAAAAGCUUCCACCUCUGCCGCCGUUUGACGCAGGUGCUGAGUUGGACGAGCUGCGGCCGGCCCAGCUACCUACGCUCCCAGAAACUGGUGAAGACGCCAACCCUGGAGACGGCCUAGGCGCGUUCCGUUACAUGGCUACAGAAAUCAAACAGGCGACGAUUACAAAGAAUUGCAUGACUGAUCCCAUUGCGCCAGAAUUCAUCGAUGACAUCUGGAUCAAGGUUGCUCAAAACAACACCAAGCUCUAUCGCAAGGUAUUCAGAUGCAUGCCGGAUUCAGAAGUCAAGACAUGGGCCGAGUAUCGAGAUUUUGUGGCCUACAGCAAGAAGUUUCAGGAGAGCAUGGAAGGUCGGUCCGCUUCGGAAGAACCAGACGGCACGAGUGAAGCCGGAGGCAACCUCAGACGCACGGCAAGCAGCGGUGCGAUUGGUAUCUCUGUCCCGGAUCUGGAGGCACUGGCGAGGCUCAACGGGGAGGACGCCGAGAAGCUGGCCGCGAAUCUCAACGAGCAGCACACCAACCCCGACAUCACGGGCGAGACACGAGAAGAAGAUGCUGACGAAAAGGCGGCGACAGCGGCGGGCGAAGAGCGCGAAAUGAGUGCUGAUGUCGAGAAGCAACCCACAAACACUGAGACGCUCGAACGCAAAACGACGACAUUUGCCAACCUUGAGAAGCCGCCCACCAGGGACACCACCACCACCACAGCGGCGCAGGCCCAGUUUGGCUCAGUUAAGAGGCGACGCCGCGCGACUACUAGGGGUAGCCGCCGCUGGUCCAACCCGGAGGACAUGCCAUCUCGCACGGAGGGCGAGGGUCUUUUGAGGAUGAUUCAGGGCAACCUCGUCGAGUUUCCCUACGACUGGCUCAUUACCGAGGAGCACAACGGCAACUGGGGCUACCAAGUGGACGGCGUUGCACCGCUCGCAAUUUAUAACUAA